AUGCAUGCUAUCGAGACUGAGGCAGCAGAGUUAGCUGCUUUCAGGCUUCAUGAUAUAGCGAUCUUAUGGUAUAAGAGAUAUGCUCCAUCCUUCUUUGAUUCUUCGAGGGCCAGGAUUCAUAGGUUCAUAGCGGGUUUGCACCCUGACUAUGUUGAGGCUUGUACCACCGCGGCGGUGAAUGAUAAGAUGGACCUUGCUCGUAUUCAGGCAUUUGCACAGAACUGCAGGAUCGUCGACUUCAGCGGCGGGCGGCUGAGAGCAUGGACAGGGAGUAUCAUAAGAGAGCUAGGACUACUAGUCAGCAAGGUGAGAGUAGGGGGAGUUUCAAACCCCUGUACCAGGGUAGGCCAUUUAGGUCAGCAUCAGCUCAGUCCUAGGGAUACAGACCAGGGUAUUAUAUUCCAUCCGGACCAGGAGAAAGUUCCCGUGCAUCCGGGUCAUAGCAACAGAGGGGUCCAGGAUAGGCUAGAUCGCUACCACAGCAGUGUGGGGAGACCUAUUAGUAAGGCACAGCCGACAGGGUCUAUAGCAGGGUCAUCAGCAUUCGUGCGUCCUUCUGGGCGCGGGUCUCAGUCUUCAGCAGGUAGAGACAGAGGUAGGGGCAGAGCUUCUUGUGCCGACGGUGCUCAGAACCGCAUUUAUGCGUUGGCAGGUCGUGAAGACUUAGAGUCUUCACCAUAUGUUGUGACAGGUACAUUAACAGUCUGUUCAUAUAACGUUUAUGCGUUAAUAGAUCUGGGAUCCAAUUUGUCCUAUGACACUCCAUUUACUGCGGGAAAAUUCGGUAUAGUGCCGGAAUUGUUGAAGGAACCAUUUUUCGUGUCUACACCUGUUGGUGAGCCUAUUAUUGCUAGAAAUAUUUAUCAUGGUUGUUCUAUAGUUGUUUGUGGUCGUCAGACCGUAGCAGAUCUUAUAAAGUUACAGAUGGUCGACUUUGACGUCAUUAUGGGAAUGGAUUGGUUAGUUUCCAUUUAUGCUAGUGUGAGGUGUUGGACGAAAACUGUUAUGUUCCACUUUCUGGGAGAAAGAGCUUUGGAAUGGAAGGGCAAUACGACUUCGCCGAAAGGUAGAUUCAUUCCCUAUCUCAAGGCGAAAAAGAUGAUUUUGAAGGGAUGUAUCUAUCAUAUAGUUCGAGUCCAGGAUACCGAAGAAAAAUCACCAACCUUUCAGUCCAUUCCUGUAGUUAAUGAGUUCCUAGAUGUGUUUCCAGAUGAGCUUCCAGGUCUUCCACCGGAGCGAGAAAUUGAAUUCGCUAUAGAUGUACUAACAGAUACUCAGCCGAUAUCCAUCUCUUCUUAUAGGAUGGCCACUGUUGAGUUGAAGCAGUUGAAGGAUCUACUGGAGAAGGGCUUUAUCAGACCUAGUACGUCACCGUGGGGAGCUCCAGUUUUAUUGACUAAUGCUCCAUCUAUAUUCAUGGACCUAAUGAAUAGUGUAUUCAGACCAUUCCUGGACCUGUUUAUGAUCGUGUUUAUAGAUGACAUUCUGGUUUAUUCCCGAUCAGAGACUGCAUGCGGGCAUAUUGUUUUAGAUGAGGGCAUCAAAAUGAUUGCUCAGAAUAUAGAGGCUGUGAAGACUUGGCCUCGACCCACGACGCCGACAGAGGUUCGUAGUUUCUUGGGUUUAGCAGGGUAUUACAGAAGAUUGUAG